CUCUCGAUGAAUCGACUACCACCAUUGCUUACAGCCUUCUCCUUCUCCUCCUCAUCCAUCUUCUUGUGGUCACCUCAUAAACGAAGCUUGAUCUCGCCGGAAAAGAGACGCACAGGAAGUGUUCGAUCGACUGUCAAGAUAUGGAAGAUCUUGACAACCUCAAGGCAACCGAGCUGACGCUCGGUCUCCCAGGGACGUCCGAUGCGCCGGAGAAGCCAGCGACGGUCUCCUCUAGGGUUAACAAGCGGACAAACGAGGAGUGCUGCACUUUUGCAAGGAACAGAUCCGAGGAUACCGCGGCGCCUGCAGCUAAAGCAAGAGCAGUCGGAUGGCCGCCUGUUAGAUCUUACAGGAUGAACAGCUCUAGGGCAAGGAAGCUGGAGACGGAAGAUAACUCCGGGAUCUACGUGAAGGUCAGCAUGGAUGGAGCUCCUUACUUGAGGAAAGUGGAUCUCAGGAUCUACAAUGGCUAUAAGGAGCUCAGGAACGCCUUAGAUGACAAGUUCAGAUGCUUUUCCUUAGGAGGUGUAGAAGCACAUACUGGUGAGUCUGACAACGCAAUCACAUAUGAAGACAGAGAUGGAGACUGGAUGUUGGUCGGAGAUGUUCCAUGGGAGAUGUUCAUCCCUUCAUGCAAGAGGCUGAGGAUACUGAAGGGAUAUGAAGCAAGAGGUCAAUGAGUUCAACGAGUGCACAUAGAUUAUUAAUAGGACUCUUUCGCUACUUGGAUCACCAUCUUCCAUCCCAAAGAACCAAGUAAAAACAAAAAGAAAGUGGGAAGAAAUUGUACUGAAACAGUUUUCCUGAUUUUGAUUCUCAAAAGAAUGAUUUAUAGUUGAAUUUUCCAGUUUUUCUUUUCUUUGUAGAAUCCAUGUAUAUUGCCCACAAGAUACAUAGAGAAAAGGUUUUUGUUGU